AUCGAGUUCAUCUCAAAUCCGUCGGCGCUGGUGACGGAAUCUUCGUUAACACCCAACACAACAUUCUUUAGAGACGUCGUUUUACCAAAGCUGUUACCCCAAGACCAUUUCACGAUAACCAGUAACAGAUUUAAUACAAUGGCUGAACCCUCUCCAGGCUCUGGUAAUGAAGCGAAGUCGCCGCCUGCCAAGAAAUGUAUAAUAUUCGGCAUAGAUUUCGGAACAACCUACACUGGAGUUGCUUGGGCUUGGACGGGGCAGCCCGAAGACGUAUUCACCAUUACGAACUGGGAAUCGCAGCUUUACGGAAACGAAGAACGCGAAAAGUGCCCAACCGCCAUCAACUACAAACCAGAGGGAAGUACAUGGGGCUACGCGAUACCUCUAACGGAACAACCUUUCCAAUGGUUCAAGCUCUUACUCCUAAACGAGAAUGACUUGGCCGACCACCUCAGAGACAGCCCACAACUCGCCCGCGCGCGGCAGAUGUUGAAGGAAUCGGGUAAAGAUCCCGUUGAAGUUAUUGCGGAUUACCUGAGACACCUAUGGAGCCACGCGCUCGGAAACGUCCGUCGGUCGAUGGGGAAAAGACCCUUGGAUAAAACGCCAUUUCAUGUGGUAAUUACUAUUCCAGCGAUAUGGAAGACAUACGCGCUUGCUAGGAUGCGUCAGGCUGCUAGGCAAGCUGGAAUUCUCGCAGAUCGCCCUUGUGGUCCCACGAUCUUAACAUUUAUCACUGAGCCUGAAGCAGCUGCUCUAGCUACCUUUUCCGAUAUGAGGCGUAGGCCAGAUAUCGAGGUAGGGGAUGCUUUUGUCGUCACGGACUGUGGUGGCGGUACCGUCGAUAUAAUCAGUUACGAAGUUGUCAAUGCCAAUCCCUUAGAAGUCAAGGAGUGUGUAGAAGGGACAGGCGCGCUAUGCGGCGGAGUAUUUCUCGACCAAGACUUCGAGGCGUUAUUAAGAAUGCGGAUCGGUAAAGAAACUUGGGAUAAGAUUCCCCGACAUGAAAUCCAGAAGACCAUGGACACGGCCUGGGAACAUGGAAUAAAACAGCAAUUCGACGGACGUCCGAGGAAUUGGCCCGUCGAUCUACCACCCCAAUGCGCCAAAGGGGGACGAUUUCCUCGUAUUGAGUUGAAGAGUGGCCAUAUUGAAGAAGUAUUCGAAAAUGUCAUAAGCCAAAUUGAAGGUCUUGUCGGCCAACAAUUCAAAAAGGUCAACGAAAAGCUGAAGCAGCCACCGAAAUACGUCAUUUUAGUCGGAGGUUUCGGCCGUUGCAGAUUUUUAUACGAGAGGCUUUCUAUCUUAGUGGGAGAUCAAAGCGACGUGCUCCAAGGCUCCGGACCAGCGCCAUGGACUGCAGUUUGCCGCGGUGCAGUACUUAGCGCCCUAACAUCUAGAGGAUUACUGUCCCAUUCUCUUGUCCAGGUCUCUUCUAGGAUAUCGCGAGCCAGCUUUGGUACAGAAUCUCGACAUCACUUCAACGAGUCAAUACAUCUGCUGGAAGAUAGAGAAUACUGCAAUAUAGAAACGGCCUAUUUUGCGCGUAGACAGAUGAAUUGGUUCUUGGUUCGCGGAGAUAAAGUACUCGAAAAGGAGCAGACGAAGGUGGAAUAUUACAAUGCGUCAUUGGAAAGGAAUAUGGACUUGAACUCGCAUUUUAAAGUAGGCAUACCAAUUUUCUCCUGCGAGGAUUUAAUACCACCAGGGCGAAAAGAUCCGAAGAGUACUACGAUCAAGCAGCUAUGCACGAUACAAGUUCGCUCUCCAAUACCUUCAUCACAACUCCCGGUUAAGGAUAAUCUUUCCGGUGAGAAGUUACGAUUCUUCAACUACACAAUUGAGAUGAUCUCUCACGGAGCGUCGGUGGAGUUCUCCGUCAACUUCGAGGGACAACGAAUCGCAUCGCAAUAUGUCGACGUUCUCUUCGAAAAAGACCCCGUCGAGCCCGAACGACCGGUUUCAAGCCUAUUGCGAAAGUCCAAGUCAUUCAACCAAUCUAUGGAGUCAUUGAGGGAACGUACCAAGCCACCGCUUUUCCCCCUCAAUAGCCCCUUAUACGAUCUCUCGGAAUUAUCCAUUGUUUCAGGAGAUAGUAGUCCGGCUAGGCCUUAUACGAACGGCAGGUCGCCAUUAUCGCCGCUGUAAAAGUUCCCGCCCGUUGUCUAUCAACGUUUAUGGUUCUACUCGACCGUUGAAGACUGAACAAAAGGAUUUUGCGACUGAAGUAACGACGCCGUAUUACCAGUCAACCAGGGCUAGAGAAUUCCUAUCUCAAACUAAGGCUAGAUAGAUCCGCAGCCAAUCAUGUCGCUCCCGGUAGCUCCCUACUCAAACAUACGGUGUCACAGGCCAAUCCAUGUGGCUUCAGGUCCGACCGCAUAGAGCUUUAAGGGGAAGCUGCAUCCUCACAUCAGCCCCCGCCAAGGGCUGUUUCUCUCUAGCAGUGCCUAUAUAGGUACCUAGGUAGCUAUGGAUAUUACAAUGGUUUUCCUUGCUUGUAUAUUACAGCGGACCCUUGUGUCCGUAUGAGUUGAAGUCUUUGUUGACAUAUCAAUAGUGCAU